AUGACACCAGAUGACAGUUUUACUGAUUGUCUGGGUGCAAUUGACGGUAAACACGUCAUUAUUCAAUCACCUAUACACAGUGGUUCUGAAUAUAUUAAGUAUAAAGAAGAUAAUCAAUUGAUGUUUUCUCCUGACCAACCAUUAUCAUCAAGGACUUUAUCACUUCCUUUUGUAAUUGUAGCGGACGAUGCUGACGCUCUUAAUCCGCGUAUUAUGAAACCCUAUCCAGGGACAUACGGUAAAAGGAGCAUAGAAAGAAUUUUUAAUAAUCGUCUUUCGCAAGCUAGACGUGUUGGAAAUGUGUUCGGUAUUAUUGCUUCAGUAUUUCGGGUUUUAAAAAAACCAUUAUUAUUGGAACCGGAAAAAGCUGCCAAUAUUACAAUAACUUGUACUUUACUGAACGAAAAAGUAAAAUAUUAA